AUGUUCAAGAUGACGGAGGAACUCGACAAGUCCCUGACAGACCCGCCCUGCAGCCCCGCGGGGACCUCCAGCUCCGUGUCCCAGGAGGACUCGGACUCGGACGCGCCGUCCUCUCCCGCUGGCUCCGACGGACACGGCUCCCUCCUCAUUCCCGGGAUGGGCAAGAAGAUGAACGGCGACGAAGACGAGCGAUUCCCGGCCUGCAUCCGAGAGGCGGUGUCCCAGGUGCUCAAGGGAUACGACUGGUCGCUCGUGCCCAUGCCGGUGCGCGGGAACGGCUCCCUCAAGAGCAAGCCGCACGUGAAGAGACCCAUGAACGCGUUCAUGGUGUGGGCGCAGGCGGCGCGCAGGAAGCUGGCGGACCAGUAUCCGCACCUGCACAACGCCGAGCUCAGCAAGACCCUGGGCAAACUGUGGCGCUUGCUGUCAGAGAACGAAAAGAGGCCCUUCGUGGAGGAGGCAGAGCGGUUAAGGGUCCAGCAUAAGAAGGACCACCCAGACUAUAAAUACCAACCACGGCGACGGAAGAGCGUGAAGCCCGGUCAGAGUGAUUCGGACUCCGGGGCCGAGCUCGGUCACCAAAUGUACAAGGCUGAACCAGGCAUGGGGGGAAUGGGUGGCAUGGGGGGGAUGGCGGACGGACACCACCACCAGGAACACGCAGGACAAACUCAUGGUCCACCGACUCCACCCACCACUCCUAAAACUGACCUGCACCACGGGGGGAAGCAGGAGCUCAAGCAUGAGGGCAGACGUCUCCUGGACGCCGGCAGACAGAACAUCGAUUUCAGCAACGUGGACAUCUCUGAACUGAGCACAGACGUCAUCAGUAACAUAGAGGCGUUCGACGUCCGCGAGUUCGACCAGUACCUGCCUCUCAACGGUCACGCCCUGCCCUCAGACCACGGACACAGCCCCGCAGGGGUCGGUUCCUACAACUCCUCGUACGGUCAUCCAGGUGCUAACAGCACCGUGUGGAGUCGCAAAAGCGCCACGUCUUCCGCGUCACCCAGCAGCAGCGGCGGCGGUGAUGCAGGACAGCAACGGCCACACAUCAAAACAGAACAGCUGAGCCCCGGCCACUAUGGCGAGCACCCCCACGGAUCCCCCACGCACUCCGACUUCGGGACCUACAGCACGCAGGGCUGCAUCACGUCGGCCGCAUCGGCCUCGGCCGCAGCCUCCUUCUCCAGCUCCCAGUGUGACUACACAGACCUGCAGAGCUCCAACUACUACAGCCCGUACUCCGGCUACCCCUCUGGUAUUUACCAGUACCCUUACUUUCCUUCGUCCCGCCGGGCGUACGGGAGCCCCAUCCUCAACAGCCUGUCCAUCCCGCCCUCACACAGCCCCACGGCGAGCUGGGAGCAGCCUGUGUACACCACCCUGUCCCGACCGUGAGCACCUGCCCUGCACGUGAAGCGCGCCACUAACCAGGUGUUAAGGGAGCCCCGAGCGAGCGUCCCGUAGGUCUCUGCACUAAUCAUGAAGCCGUAGAGUUAGCUGGGGCCUUCUGCCAGUUUAUUAACAGAAACCAACACAAAUCAAGACUAUUAGGAAGGAAAAGCAGCAACGCGAUAAAAGUGCCUACUGAUUUAUGCAAGCUUAUACACGCUGUCAGCGUUCUGUGCUCCUGUCGCAUUGUCGCGGACUUCUGUGAAGCAUCGGAUCUGCUUUGUGCCCUAAAGUCGAGCGGAACUCCUCUGCGAGGACCACCCGAGGCCCGCUCGCGCGCGUCCUUGUGAUUUGACGAUUCUGCGUGACGUAAGACAAUGUAAUGCGCUCGCGCACAGACUGCUAUUAAACAGGUGGGAAACAUGCGUGUUCGUGCACUGGGACCAAUUAAUUCGAUUCCAAGUCAUUCUGACAGUACUUUUUACUGUAAAUUCUCGGCCGAAAGCUAUAUUCCAUUCCAGACGAAUUUUCAUUUUGCAUACUAUUGCGGUUCACGCG